AUGGAUGUACACUUCAAACAGCUGACUGGGAUUGAUCUGAAAGAGAUGUUCCUUGCAAGCUUGGACAAAAAGGGAGCGCGGCUCCUGAAGUUCCUAAAAACCACCAGAACAGAGAGAAAAAAGCAAGUCAUGAGAGCUGCUGCUAAAUUGGACGUGUCCAGAGGUCAGUUGGAGGGCUGUUCUGAAGAUGUCAAGGACAUAUUGAUUUUUCUUCUUACAUACAUUGAUGAAAGGCAAGAGGUAAUGUUUCAUCAUGUGGAAGAGUCCUUCCUUGCUGAAGAUGUGGUUGAUGAGUUGCCAGUCAUCCCCUGCAUUAUUGUUUCUGGUCCUUCAAUCUACACUUCAAAAAUGUUCAUGCUGGGUAUCGACAGACAGAUUACAACUAAACACAUUCCAACCUUUAUCUCAGCACUGUGCAUGAUGUUCUGCAGCUUUUACUGUUUCAAUAUUCACUAUCCAGUGGAACUGGCAUCCACUCUUGAGUUCUUGCAACGAUGCUUUUUCAUCAUAAAUCCAGACAAGGGCACCAAGGUCGAGUCAAGGAAAAACAAGAAACAGCUCCCAAUCAAUCCCAAAGUGCUCACUGUAAUAACUGACCUUGCUGACCACGACUGGAGAACCAAUUCAUAG